AUGAACUUUUCCCAUGUCCAGCAACACAUAUCAACUAAAAGCAGCUGUGGCAACUGUAGCACAUGGCGAGCCCUGGCAGCAGACACUUGGGGUGCCACCUACGGGUCCUAUGGGGACUCAGACCAAUUAUUCAAAGAACCAGACAACGCAACAACUAAAGGAGUUAUAGAGCACGUUGAUCUGCUGCAAGUUGGUUAUUGGCGUCCAAUAGACGCAUUGCGAUUUGAAGACGUCUUAUUCCCUCACGUGGAGCACGGGUUUAGGGGAAAAGCCUUACCGAUAAUAACUUAUCAUAACCCACCAUGGACAAUUCUUCAAGUCAACGAAUCUGGUUCUGUGGUCAGCUGCAGUGGUUUGAUUUUCGACAUCGUAAACCAGCUGGCCAAAAAUAAGAACUUCACUGUUAAAGUGAUUCUUCCGAGUCACGUGAAAAACUUGUUAUCUAAUGACACUACGGCGGAUAUGAUGCACAGCCAAGAUGCAGCAUUGACGUUGAUAGCAGUUGCGAAGGGGCAAGCUGCUAUUGCGGCAGUUGCUUUCACAGUUCUUUCAGACCCGCCAUCUGGUAUCAAUUACACGCUAGCAGUUAGCACUCAGCCCUACAGCUUCAUGAUCGCUCGGCCGCGAGAGCUUAGCCGAGCGUUGUUGUUCUUGCUACCUUUCACCACUGAUACGUGGCUUUGCCUGGGUCUUGGGGUGAUCCUUAUGGGCCCGACGCUGUACAUCAUCCACCGCCUGAGCCCGUACUACGAGGCCAAGGAGAUCACCCGCCAGGGUGGCCUAUCCACCAUCCACAACUGUCUGUGGUACGUCUAUGGGGCGUUGCUGCAACAGGGUGGAAUGUACUUACCAAGGGCUGACAGCGGUCGUCUUGUGGUUGGCACCUGGUGGUUGGUGGUUCUGGUCGUGGUAACCACCUACUCCGGAAACCUGGUGGCCUUCCUCACAUUCCCGAAGCAGGAGAUCCCAGUGACCACCAUAGGAGAGUUGCUGGAAAACCAACUCACGUAUACGUGGUCGAUUCAAAAGGGGUCCUAUUUGGAGAUGGAAUUGAAGAACUCCGACGAGCCGAAGUACGCGGCGCUGCUGAAGGGAGCCGAGCUGAGCGGAGCGGGCGCAAGCGGCAAUCUGUCUUCAUGGAAGAAGCAGCUGAUACGUAUCCGCGAGCAGAGGCACGUCAUCUUCGAUUGGAAGCUCAGGCUGAGCUAUCUCAUGCGGGCUGAGCACAUGCUCACGGACACUUGCGACUUUGCGCUCAGUGCAGAAGAAUUCAUGGAUGAGCAGCUGGCAAUGGUGUUGCCCGCCGGUAGUCCGUACUUGCCCGUGAUAAACAAAGAGAUCAACCGCAUGCAAAAGGCGGGGCUCAUCUCCAAGUGGUUAUUCGCUUACUUGCCGAAGCGCGACCGGUGCUGGAAGACCUCCAGCAUUGCGCAGGAGGUGAACAACCAUACUGUCAACUUGCGCGACAUGCAGGGCUCUUUCUUCGUGCUAUUCCUUGGGUUCUUCUCAGCAUCGGUGGUGCUCCUGCUCGAGUGGUUUUGUAACAGACGAAGGAGGCGCAGUGAGGACGUCAUCAUCAAACCUUAUGUAGAGUGAUACUAAGGCUGUUUUA